CAUUUUAAUCGAAUAUAGAUCGUGUUGAAACUGGAAACUAAGAUAAGUACAACUCGUUUCCAUUCCAUUUUGUACCAGUGUAAGGUUAUCACGAGUUGCUAAGGACUUGGCGGAUUUGAUAUUACACGGCCGUUACAUAGAGAUAAGUGCGGGUGUCAUACACAUAAAUGCUUUGAGUUCGCAGCAUUAAUCGAAGUUCUUAAAUCCAAUGUCUUACAUGCAUACAUUUAUCAUUGUUCCUACUAAAGUUUAUAUACGAGUAUACUUAACUGUAUAUAUAUAUAUGUCUGAAAUUAUUUCAGGUAUUUUGGUGCAACCAAUAAGUCGAACAAAAGAAUAUAAAUGGGGUGCGAAGUGGAACAUGCGUAAUGCUUUUUAUCGCUCUCACAGUACUCAAAAUCUAACAGAGCGGUCGAAACCUCGUUAAAACAAAACGCCCGUAUAUGCAUAUACUCGUUUAUAGCUUGUGAUUUGCUCUCCCAGAUUCCGGUGCUUAACACAGCUUCCGCGAGCGCUCGUACAACAUGGCGUAUACGCAACUUGGCCUCGCUCUUGUAUGAAAUAAUGGAAUCAUUGACUACGCCAUGUGUGGACUCGCAGUUUUCAGUUUUGCUACAACCACGUUAUAUGCUUAGUUGCUCUGAACAUCGGUGCACCGAAGCGCAAUGUCAAAUUAGCAUAGACCAAAGAUUGUGUAUAAGGUAUUGGUGACAGAAACAGUAAAAUAUUUGCUAACAUAAUUCUACCUGUAAAAAUGUGCAUUCAUGCCAAUUUCGAGACAGUUUAAAAUAUAUAGCUAUAGAUAUUACAGCCGUUUUAAUUAAUGCAAUACUCAAAAAUGUGUUUGGCCAAUAUUCAAUUUAACUCUGCAGCUAGGUUUAUUAAGCUAAAACCUAUUCUGCUGCAUCUAUAUAGCACUUAUUUACAUGGGAUUUUCGAGUUCGGCUUUGUAUUAAAUAUAGAAGUACAAUGCAACAUAAGAAAAAUGCUACUUCAUGCCAAUUAAGCAAUGGAAUCUAAACUAAUUUGGAUAAUAGCAAUAUUUUAUUCAACUCUUCAACAUAUCAGUUCUGCUUCAUCACCAUUGAAACGACCUCGAGCAGGAGAUCCUUUUGACACAUUUCCAAAAAAUUUUUGGCAAGAAUUCUCCUCCCCAUUUACGGACACACCCGAAGAUGAGGAGGCUGAAAUAACGGAAACCACAACUCACGAACCGUUUCCUUUCUUUGCUGAUCCAUAUACAACUGUAAACGUCAGCACGCAGUUAAGCUCCAAUGUACAUCUACAUUGUAGAGUCAACGAUUUACAAGGAAAAACGGUAUCAUGGAUGCGGCGCAAAGGCGAUGAGUUGGCCCUGAUCACAUUCGGUCUUCACACGUACAGUGGUGACGCAAGGUAUUCCUUGGAGUUCGAGGAGCCAAAUGACUGGAAGCUUUCAAUACAAUAUGCAAAUGAACACGACGAAGGACCGUACGAAUGUCAAGUCUCUUCACAUCCGCCUUUAGUAUUGUUAGUAUAUUUAACUGUAAUUGUUCCUCAUGUGGAAAUACUCGAUGAACGAGAUUCAGCCACUCCUGAGAAGUAUUAUAAAGCUGGAAGUACCAUUGAACUAAAAUGUGUAAUUUCAAAAAUACCGCAACCGUCAUCGUACAUUACUUGGCAGCAUGGUAAACGAAUGCUGAACUAUGACACCAGUCGGGGAGGAAUCAGCGUCAAGACUGACAUACUUCCCGGAAGAGCAUUGAGCCGUCUUUACAUUGCCAACGCAAAUCGACAGGACACUGGAAAUUAUACUUGCAUGCUUGGCAACGAUAUUUCAGGAACCGUCAUGGUUCACGUACUUAAUGGCGAAGAACCAGCCGCUAUGCAGCAUGCAUCAGGAGCUAAAUUAUGCUCUCCGAUUUCGAUUGUGAUAGUUACAAUGAUGGCAUCAAGGAUUUGUUUACGAUGACAACAAUAAUACGAACUAUUCGACACUAACACUAACACCACUUGUCCAAAACUGCAUUUUUCAUGUCCGCAUAUUAAAGGGUUGUUUAGGAUAUAAAUAAAAAUAGGUACAUAUUACAAAUAAAUGAACAGGAUAUGAAACCAACAAUUUUUACAAUACAUAAUAGAAUAAAAAUGUAUAUAUAAAUGUUCAUAAAUUAUUGAAAAGAGUAAUAAGAGUAUGUAUGUUGACACUUUGACUUUUUCAUACAUACUUAAACACACUUUAAUAUAAUUAAAUUUUUUAAUUUUUAUACAAAUAUUUAAAUACCUGUAUAUUUAUAUUUAUAAUAUUUCGCAAUAUUUAUAUUUAUAAAAUUUGGCAAUAAUCAAAAAACUGAAUGCUAUAUUAAUAAUUUUAAUAAUAAGCAUUUUCCACACCUCGUCAGGUCUUUAUUAAAUGUUUCAUGGAAUUUCAAAACUAAUUUUAAUAUUUACUUUAGCUUUGAAUUUUGGGUGUAAUUUAUAUAAAUAUAACACUUGUUUAAAAUCUAUGAAUAAUUUCAGAACAUAAAACUACUAAAUUGUUAUCAACAUCUUCUAGGAAACAGUGUUCAUAUUACAUAGUAUACUAUAUAUGUAUUGAAAUAAAAACGAGAGAAUUAUUUUACAACCAAAAACAAUUUACAGAAUUCAAAGCAAGGAAAUCCUUUUAUAUCAAUUAACAUUCAAGUAAAUACAAAAUAUUCAAUUUAGAAUUAUAAAACGAGCAUCUAAGACAACGCCAAAUGCGAGAAUUCGUUAAUAAGAUCAGAGAAAUUAAUGCAUAAAUACAUUAUAUAAAUACAAAAAUUUCUGAGGCUAAAAAGCGUGAAAGAGUCAAAAUUUUAACAAAGUAAGAAAAAUAAUCGAGUGAGAUAAUGAAACAAUACUUAUAGAGAAAUAAAGAAAGGAUAAAAUUAAACUGGAAAUCAAAAUAAAAAUAAAUAUGUACUCGUAUUUAUUUAAGCAA